CUCGCGCGAACACGACACUAACGACCGAAAACGGUGGCUGUUUUUUCUGCGUUACACCCUGUCAUGUAACAUUGCGGCACAAAUAAUCCACGUGCCUAUUAUAUAAAACGGCACAUUCACCGGGGCGAUAACAGUUUUGUUAUAAACUUACAUCCCCAUGUUCAAGACGGAAACUUCGGCAUUUACAAGGAUCCACGAAGGCAUCAGAAACCCCGUGACAGCCUUCCGCGGGAAUUUCAGUACUGGACGAAUUAUUUAUUUCCUAUUUGGACUACAAACAUAAAGACAGCGCUAUAAAACAUAUUUUAAAUCAAACCAUUAAUGCCAGUGGACGUUGCUGGCACAGCCAACGCAAUAAAAUGUCAAAGAAGAAAGGACUUAGUUUGGAGGAGAAGAGGACUCGCAUGAUGGAGAUUUUCUUUGAAACGAAAGAUGUGUUUCAGCUGAAAGACAUUGAGAAGAUCGCCCCGAAGACAAAGGGAAUAACUCCCAUGUCUGUGAAGGACGUGCUGCAGAGCCUGGUGGAUGACAACAUGGUGGACUGUGAACGAGUGGGGACAUCGAACUACUACUGGGCCUUUCCCAGCAAGGCCCUGAACGCUCGCAAGCACAAACUGGACGAGCUGCAAAGCCAGAUUUCUGAAGCAAAGCAGCGGAAAAAGUCCGUAGAGAAAGGGGUUGAAAAGGCGAAAGUAGGACGUCAAGAUACAAAGGAGAGAAGCUCUCUGCUGAAGGAGUUGGAGGCUCUGAGAGAGGAGCGGACUCAGCUGCAGGCCGAGUUGAACAAGUACAGAGAGUGUGACCCGGAGGUCAUUGAAGACAUGAGAAAGUCAAAUGUUGUAGCAAAGGAAGCUGUUUCCAGGUGGACAGGUGAGUCCUCUUAUCUUUUUUAUUUUGAUCAUCGGUUAAUCAUUUUAGUCCUUUCUCAUGCCAAACAUGUGAUGUCACAGCUUCUCAAAUGUGAGAAUGUAUUAUUAUUAUGGUCAAUUGAAUAAUUUGGGAUUUUUGACUGAGGUUUUGUCGACCAAACAGUUGAUUAAUCAAGAAAAUAUUAAGGCAGAUAAAUCAAUACGGAAAAUAAUAUUUACUAGUGUAUUUACUAAUCGACUUUACUAAUCUACUUUACUUUUUAAAUCUAUUUACUAAUAGUUGUUUCGAUUGAGCGAUUAAUCAUUUCGCAAAUAAAAUGUCAGUAAAAUGUGAAAACAUUAAACAUCGACAAUAAGAGGUUUGCAGAUUCCUUCAUCGAUCGUUUAUUAUUGCAUAUGACAAACAAACCCAUCAAAUCGUCUCAUUUGAUAAGCUGGAACUAGUGAACAUUUAACAUGUUUGCUUGCGAAAGACCUAAAACAAAUUUAUUAAUGAUCUUUGCAGCUCUGAUCAAUAUGAAUAUUCAUGACAGAAAUAGCUUGAGAACCCCUGGCAGGUCUUAUUCCAUUGAUGACUCUUUAAAGCGCUCACUCUGUAAGGGCACUUUGUGUCCAAAAUGUCACCUGCCUGCCACACUUAGGCGCUCUGUGUGCGUUCAUUGACCUGAGCAGUAACCUUGGAGACAGCUGACGUUUUCGGCCUGCCGGGCCGGUGGUGUUUUUCGACUCUUUGGGGUCAACCUUGCCUCUAACUGCACAACGUAGUCAGUUUUCUUUUCAGAAUUUCACUCAUUUCAAGAAACUGAGUCAUACCGGCCUCUUCCUCUUCCCUAUAUAUCUCAUACUUCCCUCGUCUGGGGUGGGAAGCGGCUCAACAGAUACAUGAAGCGUUUUCCUCACAGUGCAUUGUGCAACAGCUGUCGCAGAGUGUACAAUUAUUAACGUAACGUCCUCAGCUGUCUUGUCAGCACUAAAAAAAAGCCCAAUGUCAAUCAGGUGCAUUUCUAGCGCAUUUGUUGCUCUGCUGCAUUCUCGCCCAGAAUCAACACGGCGGAGCCUAAUCUCCUGCGUACGGAGGAGACAUUUCUACGGCUAUAAUUGCUACGUAGCUGGCGUUAUUUCAGCUCCUCUCAACAGACAACCGCAGGAACAACCCCACGAAACCUGUUGACUUGUUUGUCGCUGCAACAAAACAAAAAAAAGAAAAGAAAAAUGAAGUUGGGUGGCUUCAACCCCGUCUCCUCGUCGCACUGAGACAAGCCCACACAGAAGCACUGGCACAGUUAAUGACUCGCACUUGAACUGUGUUCCCGCACAUCCAAACUGGAUUACCGUGAUCCAACGGGACUCCAGUGAAAGGACAAGGACUGAACGGCAUGAUUCCGAGUUUAUUGACUUAAGAUGUUGAUAAGACUCGUGUUAAUCUCCAGGAUGCUAUUCGAUGUAUCGGGUGGCGCGUCCGACAGCUUUCAGCUCGUCUCCUGACGCGCUCUCCUCAACGGCUCUUUCCUUCAAUUCAGAGGAACUCGUGGCGGACAGAAACUUAUGAACUGCGAUUGUUAUUUCUGAUAUCAGCCACGAUGAAGGUUAUCUAGGCUACUUGUCGACGUGAUAGACUGAUAUGUGAAUGGAGUGCAGUCAGAUUGGGUAUGCACUUAGCAUACUGAUAAGUUUGAAUGUGUGUAUGACCUGACUCGCGUUCGACCAUCGAGCUAAAUUCACCAUCAGACUCAAGAAAUAUUGUGCUCUGAAUGAUCGGCUUUUAAAACGGUUCAUACUUUAUACAGGUGAUAAGGAAAGGGCCUUAGCAGAUUUGUAAUGCAUUCGUCAUUAAGGAUAUUAAUUGAGUCAAAGGAAUGGCAGAUAUUAGAGUGAAGUUAAUAAAUAGAUAUCAUCAAACUUGUUAAACUAAAGUUUAUUAUUGUACGGUUUUUACAAAUGUUUCACCUCAAUGUUUAGAUUGACUAAAUAAAGACAAUUAAACCACAAUUCAGUCUCAAACAGGAAUCUUUUCUCCUUUGUCUGCACUGAGCAAGAUGUUCAUGCAAACUCCUGGUGCUCAAUGCCCCCCAAUCUCCUAAAGGCCUUCGACCAGAUUCACCCCCAAUUGCUCAAUUGAUCUCUAAAAUGAUGACUGGUGGGAAACGCUCCGUGCUCAGGAAGCAGUAAUCCAAUCUUCAGCCCAAAUGAGUCGGCUUUCACCAAAGGAGCGAGAGCUCCGAUGGUUUCUUGAAGAGUCUGUCCAUCAUACUAAAACACUAUUUUGUCUCAUUAAACAAAAGAA